UCAGCGAGCGGGAGCCGCCGAAGAGGCCUGAGGGGCCGCGCCGGGCUGUGCCGGGCUGUGCCGGGAGAGCGGAGCCGAGCCGGACCGGGCUGGACCGAGCCGUGCCGAGCCGUGCCGCAGCGCUGCCAGGAGCCUGUUGGAGUAAAUGUGCUGUUGCCCCAGGACAGGGAAAAAGGAAAAGGGAAAAAGAAAAAGAAACUGCAGAUUGAAACUGGUGAGCCUAAAAGUGUCUCUCUGAACCUGGGAAAUGGCAGUGAUGGGAAUUGCAUGCCAAGGAGCUCCUGAUCCAGCAGUCAAGCACAAGAAGGAGCUCACGGCUGCCGAGGGGCUGAAGGAGACAGUGAGUGAAAAGCAGAGCAGUGUUUGCAAAGUCGAAGAUUCAAAGAAGGUCAUCUUUCAYAGUCAGUGGAAAAUCCUGAAUGAUGUAAUCACCAAAGGAACAGCAAAAGAAGAAACAGAAGGAGGCUGUGCAUCAAUUUCUAUUAUUGCYCAAGCAGAAUGUGAAAACAGUCAGGAGUUCAGCCCCACUUUAUCAGAGACAUCCUUCAUUGCCCACAGUAAACGUUACAGCAGCCGCUCGGACAGCCUCGAUCAGAUCCCCAACAAUGUGGCCCACGCCACGGAGGGGAGGAUGGCACCCACCUGGAGAGGGAGGCACCGGGGCAGGGCCAAGAAGAAACGGCACAAGAAAAGAUCCAAGCUGAAAGGACAGCCUGUGGCUGCUGGCAGGAGAAGUCCAAGAACUCCAGAACAGGAGAGCUGCACCCCAAUUCCYGUCCAGGAGGAUGAAUCCCACCAAAGUACUCUUUAUAGAAACAGUUUUUGGGUUCCUGAAUUGAACAAGCACUUGGGCUAUGAURCGCUGUCUUUUGAGAAGCCUGACAGAGUUCUAUCCACAAGCAAACUCCAUUCCCCGAGGAGCCAAUACAAAACUGAACUGCACAAGCUGAUCAGCCCCAUUCAGUGCCUUAAUCAUGUUUGGAAACAGAGGGACACUGUUCCUCAGCCUGAGACUCUCCAUCCUUUUCCCUACAACAUCCUACCCCCCCAUUUCCCCCAUGUGGACAAUCCUCUCCGUGCCAUGAAGCUGAAUGCUCUGGACACAUACUUCCAUGGUGACCUCAACUAUCAAGACAGUCGCUUAUCUGGCCUAAACYUAGAAUAUAAUUUCACCAAAUGCAUCAACCAGUCCGUGCAAACCAGCUCAGACAAGCUUUCUGUGGAAGAAUAUUUGGUAGAUGCCUUGAAGGGGAGUGUGAGUUUUGGAGAACCACAGAAUUUAGCCAGCCUGGCCAAGACGUGGAGAGGAGGCGGGCUGGAGCUGAAGGAACAAUUCCAUGACGCGAGUGAAAAUGAGGGCGUACUGCUCAACGAGAAGCUGAAGCCGGUGGAUUACGAGUACCGAGAAGAGGUUCACUGGACCAAGUGCCACGGUUCAUUGGGCAUUGGUUCCUUCGGGGAGGUCUACAAGAUAGAGGACAAGCAGACAGGAUUCCAGUGUGCUGCCAAAAAGGUGCAAGUGGAACACUUCCGUGCCGAGGAGCUGACGACGUGCGCGGCCGUGACGAGCCCCAGCGUUGUCCCCUUGUACGGCGCCGUCAAGGAGGGGCCCUGGGUCACCAUCUUCAUGAAGCUGAUGGAGGGUGGCUCAUUAGGGCAGCUCAUUAAACAGAGUGGCUGCCUGCCAGAAGACAGAGCCCUCAGCUACCUGGGCCAGGUGCUGGAGGGUCUSGAGUACCUUCAUGCUCAAAACAUUCUCCAUGGAGAUGUCAAAGCGGAGAACGUGCUGCUGUCAGACGAUGGGAGCAGGGCCCUGCUGUGUGACUUCGGCCACUCUGCUCAUCUGCACCCAGACGGGCUGGGAAAGUGCUUGGUCACAGGGAACUACGUGCCUGGCACAGAGACCCACAUGGCCCCCGAGGUGGUGAUGGGGAAGCGCUGUGACUCCAAGGUGGAUGUGUGGAGCAGCUGCUGCAUGAUGCUGCACAUGCUCAACGGCUGCCAYCCCUGGACCCAGUACUACAACCACCCCCUGUGCCUAAAGAUCGCUAAAGAGCCGCCUCCUGUGAGGGAAAUUCCACCUUCCUGCAACCCUCUCACUGCUGAGAUUAUUAAGCUGGGGCUGGAGAAAGAGCCUCUCCACAGGGCAUCUGCAUCACAGCUCAAAACUAAGACCAGCGUGGCACUCGAGGAAGUGGGAGGAGUGAGAAGCCCCUGGAAAGGUGAAUACAGAGAGCCCAGACAUUUCUCUCUGAGCAAAGAAAGCGAUAUACACACGUCCCUGUCCCCCACAGUGAGCCCAGUUUCUGAGACUUGUUCUGACCCAAAACUGUCAGUCAAAGUUUCCUGUGCCAGCCCAGUCCUACCACCUCCAUCUCUGGAGCAAACAGAGGAGGUGGAGGGAACAACUGACUGGAAUGAGGGCAAGGAGUUACCUGAGACCUGUGAUCCACCCCCUCUCUCCUCCACUCCUCUGCCCYUGAAGAGCUGCAGCCACGUGGAAAGAGCCACAACCAUUUCAGAGCAAGAACUUCAGCAGCUGGAAAUCGAACUGUUCCUGAACAGCCUUUCCCAGCCAUACUCUCUGGAGGAACAGGAGCAAAUGCUUUCAUGCCUCAGCAUUGACAGCCCCUUUGUGUCUGAUGCCAGUGAGAAGAACUCCAUGAAAGCUUCCCAGAGCUUGAGGGACACCAUGAGCUCUGGGAUCCAUUCCUGGAACAGCCARGCAGAUGGGCAGAGCUGCAGCUGGAACAACCUGCUGAGCCGCAGCCGGCACACCGACACCCCCAGCUGCUUCAAYGGAGUGAAAAUCCAGAUCCAGCUGCUAAGUGGAGAAAAUUUGCACAUCAGGGAUUUCCACAGGACGAAGGUGGGAGACAUUGCCACGGGGAUAAGCAGCCAGAUCCCAGUGCCUGCCUUCAGCCUGGUGACCAAGGAGGGGCAGCCGGUGCGCUAUGACAUGGAGGUGCCCGACUCUGGCAUCGAGCUGCAGUGCACCCUGGCCCCCGACUGCAGCGUCAGCUGGGCCUGGCGUGUCAAGCACGGCCAGCUGGAGAACAGGCCCUGAGGCCCCGCCUGCUUUGGAGCUUUGCACCUUGUGGAAAGGAGGGAUUGAAGAAGCUUCCGACCUCCCCCGCCGUGGAGCGCCAAGCAGCGGGAUCGCAGCUCACUGCCCUCGCUUCUGUGGCUGUUCURAUCCGCUCCCGAGACAUGUCCUGAGCUUUGACAUUCCCCAGGACAGUGGGAAUGGCUUGGUUUGGGUGUGAGUGUUAGAGCUUGAGGAUGGUAGGUGGAAAUUCCUUGUUUUUCCGAGGAAUGUGGUGGUGCUUCUCAGGAGAGYGGGGGGAUCGGGUGAUUCCCUUGCUUUUGCUCCCAGGUGAGGUCGGCCGGUGCUGGGCUUGCCCAGAGGAGGAGCUUGGGUGCCCUCAGUGCAUCUGGGGUUGGUUGUGCUCAGGGGAGCUGGCUGACUUCCUUCCAGCUGGAGGAAAAACCAUUUCUGUAGGUUCUGGGGAGCAUCAUCUCCACCUCAAGCCUUUUGCACAGGGAGAAUCGGUAGCAGYCACUGGCUGAUUCUUGGUUUCACCUCCCACCCUUCCCCGCAGUCGCUUCCUUCUUGAAUCAGACAAGAACUUGGUUCCCAGAAAGAGCUUUGCUUGCAGCUCCCACCUGCAGGUCUCGGAGCAGCUGCUGCUCUCUCUGGUGUCCCUGGCAGGCAGGGCAGGAUCAGGGGAUGGAAUUCCUUGGUCGGAGUGUGGAGGGGUUGUUCCUCCGUYCUGUUCCCACYGCUGGCRUGGGAUUUCAGGUGCACUGUCCCCUCCUUGGAGGGGGAAGGGACAGCRGCUCCCUCAGCUCUGACAGGGCUGAAUUUUGCUGCAGAKUUUUUUAUAAAAAUCUCCCUCCCAGCUCCCAACCCAGCCCAGUGCCCCAGUUCUGUGAGCUCAGCCUGGCCUCAUGAGGCUUCCCACUCCUCCCCUCACUUCAAACUGGGUUCAYUGAGUGGGAUGGGCAGCUGGGCCUGGAAUGCCUUCAGCUUUGAAUUAUUUUUUUUACUGAUUUGUGAAUGUUUGGAACACACUGAAACCUCAUAGGCCAAGUUCAGGUGGGCGGGUGUUGUUCACCCUUCCCCAUCCUAGAACGGAUCCCGAGGGAGGUGUGAGCUCAUUCAGGGCUGCUCCAAGGCCUGGCACACCUGGGGAUCACAGUCCCUGCCUGUGCCUGUGCCUGUGGCUGUCCCAGAGCUCUGUCACUGCCUCUGAGCAGGGGCUCUGCCUCCAGCCUGGGCAGAGAAACAACUCCCAAAAGCCAAGAUGGGCUCUGCCAAAUCCAUGCUGGSCUGGGAGACACAACAGGGCAGCAACGCUGGCAGUCUUCCCCAAAAAAUAGCUGGGAAAAGUUAAACUCUGGGCCUCCCUUUUUGAGGAGCAGCCCUCCUUAAACAAUGGAUGCUCUUUCCCUUUGGUCUCCCAGAGCAUGGGCUGGUUUUGCUCCACCAGACAGUGACAUCCCCAAUCAGAAAACUCAAGUUGUGAUGUAAUAAAAAAAAAAAGUGGAACUAUUGAAGAAAAAUGAAACCUGUCACCACUCCGGGUAUAGUUUUUAUAGCACUUUUUGUUCUAAAGCACUUAAUACAUUCUCCAAAAUAGGCACCUAAUUAUAUCUGCAAUGCCACAUUCAGAGUCUUUUUAGUAAAUAAUUAACACAUUAUGCACAUGUCUUCCAGGAAGGAGAGGGGAAUGGGAUAGGUUGGCUCGAUUUCUUUUUUCAGACGCCAUAAACUACUCAGAGUUGAAGCUCUGGAGCAGGAAGGAUCAAAGUGCCUCUUCCAGGGCUCCCAGGAGCUCCCAAGCACAUCCUCAGUGCCUGCCUGGCUCCCUUCCUCAGCUUCCUCUGGGGACAGGAGGAAAACGGUUGUUUGUGUGAGUCUGUGAUGAUGGGUCAAUCCCAAAGCGCCCUGGGGUCCACUCCAAAGGCUGCACCUCGUGCCUCUGCUGCCUGGGGGAUGCUCCAAUGUCCAGGUGUCUGAUCCCAUGCCUUGGCAUUGAGAUCCAGCCCUGGAGCAGCGGGGAGGGAGCACCAGGGCCAUCUGCAGGACUCCUGGGCUCUGCAUCUGCAGCAUUAACCUGAACUCAGGCUACCUGCACRGGGCAGGGACCCAUCCUGGGUCUGGGAUGGCCUCAUGGGGUACGUGGAGGUGUCUGUGCUCCCCAGGUCUGUGGAAAUGUCCAUGUUCCCAGGUCCAUUGAGAUUCCAUGUCCCCCAGGCCCAUGGAGAGUCUAUCUGUAUUCCCCAGGUCUAUGGAGAUUCCGUGUUCUCCAGGCUCAUGGAGAUUCCAUGUUCCCCAGGUCAUUGGAGAUUCUGUGUUCCCUGGAUCCAUGGGGAUUCUGUGUCCCCCAGUCCCAUGGAGAUUCCGUGUUCUCCAGUUCCCUCACAGCAGCAUUAGCCAGGAUCCAUCCUCUUUGUUUUGCCCAAAGCCUUCAGUCCUGUUUUGCUGCCACCACAAGUGACCAAGUGAGGCUGCAGGUUCCCAGCCUGCCACCCUUGGCCAUGUCACAGCGCUCAGGGUGGGACGUGGUGUCACCACCCCUGCCUGGGGACAGCCACCUCGGCAGCCCCACAAAUCCCUGGUGCCUUCCUGCUCCCUGAGCUGGGAUUCUCCUCCUGGGCCCAUCUCCAGCCAGCCUGAGCUCUCCCUGCCUCCCUCCUGCUGCCAGGACAGUUCCCUCUUCCCUUGCCUUGUCACUUUGCUGUGACAGGCACAAACACCCCAGCUUCCAGAUGAAGGCAAUCCUGACAGCAGAGACUCGGGGAAGCUUCUCCUGAUCCUCGUUCGGGUUUGGCUGCGACUGUCAGGUUUCAUAAUGAGUGUUUGGGACAGAACCCCGGCUCAGGGUGGGGAGGACAAGUAGGAGUGGUAAACACAGAUGGCUCUUGUCGUGCAGCUCCUUCAAGAAGGCUGGAAAAAUCCCUGGUGCUGAGGAGAAAUGGAAGCUGAGGAUCUCUUUGGGAUGAUGGGGCAGUGGGGGAAGGUGCUGGAAUGAGGAGCUUGUAUGAAACGAAUGACACUUUAUAAAACUGUGAUUUCUYGAAGUUAAUGUGUUUGACCUGCAUUUUCACAGGGAAAAAAAAAAUA